AUGAAGAACCUCGUUCUAAAAGCAUAUAGUGGCAAGGCCGAUCCCAAGGAGCACCUGCUGUAUUUCAACACGAAGAUGGUGAUAAGUGCAGCUUCUGACGCGGUGAAAUGCAGAAUGUUCCCGUCAACUUUCAAAGGCACAGCGAUGGCGUGGUUCACGACCUUGCUUCGUGGAUCUAUCACGAACUUCCGCGAUUUCUCGUCAAAGUUCCUUGUUCAGUUUUCCGCGAGCAAGAGCAAGCAGGCUACGAUAGAGGACUUAUACAAUGUGCGCCAAUCAUACGGGGAAACUCUGAAGCAAUACGUGAAACGAUCCAGUGUGGCGUCUGUUAAAAUUGAGGAAUCAGAACUGCAUGCUUGUGCGCGUGCUUUCAAGAACAGGUUACAACCAGGAAAGCUGAACAGUAAGUUGAGCCCAAAGUCGGCUCGGUCGAUGGCGGAGAUCCGCGCGCGGGCAAACACUUACAUUUUGGACGAGGAGGAUGAUGCUUUCAAACGAAAAUGUGCAAAAACGGAAAAGGAGGGCGAUCAGAGAGAUGCAUCGUCGGAAGGAAAACCAAGUAAAGAGAAAGGAGAAGGUGGUAGGCGGCGAGAUAAGAAGAUAAAGUCUGGGGAAAGGACUGCGAAGGAACCAUUGUACCCUAGGAAGGAAAGCUUCGAGCGCCGUCGCCCGUGGCAUCAGACCGACUCCCGCCGGCGUGUGGAGUCGGGGAAGAGUCUAAACGCGCAUUUGACAGAACUACUUCGGGAGGUCAAGGCGACGCAUGCGGUCGAGGCGGGUGAGAAGAAGACCAACCCGCCUCGAGUGGCGGUGGACAAAACAAAGUGGUGCGAGUACCACCGCUCGGCGGGUCACGACACCGGAAACUGUUUCACUUUAAAGAACGAGAUUGAAAGGUUAAUUUGGGUGGGACGCUCGUAG